CAUUGACUUAUGAAAUGUUGAUGGUCCCAAUGAAAGAUUAUCUCUAUCCAUAAAUUUAAAGCCCUUGGCUCUGCAGGCGUCACUUUCAUAAGCUAUAGAUUGUGAGGCUUAUCAUGGCAGGGGUGUUAUUUUUGUUAGCCAAUUGCCUUAACUAAAGGCUCCUGCCGUGUCCCUUUAAUAUUUUAGGAAAUUAGAGGCUGACAUUUUCAUUCCCCCCCCCCCAAUGGGUUGCAUUUUGCAGACAUCUCAGCUAUGGCAACAGAUCCAGUGAUAAAGUCUAAUGGAACAGUAGUGAUGAUUCCCUCUGAUGGUGCUAUCCAAGCAGGUCAGGAUUUCCCUGGACUUCAACCAGCAGGGACAGUGCAAUGUAUACAAAAUGUAGGCCAACAGCCUGGAGGUUCCAACAACGAACAGAUUCAAGAUGAUUUGUUGAAGAAACUCCAUAAAAUAGAGAUCAAGACUCUGGGGGCCAUCCAGGUCAUGCUGGGACUGAUCUACAUUAGCUUGGGGACAAUUGUAAUUGUUCGUUUUCGCCGAUAUUACAGACUUUUCACUUCUGUUAUAGGUUAUCCAUUCUGGAGUGGAAUAUUUUUCAUUUUUUCAGGAUCACUGUCUGUGGCAGCUGAGAAAUACCCAAGCAAAGCCUUGGUUAUAUCCAGUGUGAGAAUGAACAUCAUAAGUGCUAUAAUGGCCACAAUUGGCAUCAUUCUAUAUGCAAUGGAGAUAGCUAUGAAUGAUAGAAGAGAUUAUAGUGAUUCUGAAGGCUUUCUUCUGCAGUCUGCAGGUACUGCUCUCGCUGUUCUUCUCCUCUUGCUCAGCAUGCUGGAGUUUGCCAUCACUGUUUCCUUAGCACAUCUUGGGUUGAAGGCAGCCAGCAACGACAUGGCCACAACUGUAUUGCCACAAAAUGGAAGUCCUGCUGAAGACAACCCUGAGCCUGUGGUCUAUGAUGAACCCACCCUGGACCUGCUGCAGAAGGGGAACAAUCUCUUCCAGAACCUGGAGCUCAAUAUACUGGGACAUCUGCUGGUUAAGUCUGGUGCUGAUUACUUCCUGUUCAUUGUUUCUGGUUCCAUCUCUGUGUCAACUACAAAAUAUAGGAACCGCUGUUUGGUGAAAUGCAAUGUGGGAGCGCACGUUUCAAGUGCUACAGCGGCAACAAUUGGCAUAAUUCUGUACACAGCACAGUUGUGUUUUAAUCAACCCUAUUUUUUCCAAGGCUAUCCCGGUCCUCAUCCAGAGAGAACAUUGGUUUUCAACAAAGUAGGUAACGGGUUUUGUGCUGUGCAUCUCUUGUUCUGCUUGCUGGAGUUCUGCAUCACCAUUCCGACAGCGCAUUUUGGGUGUCAGGCAACCUGCUGUAACAAGGAGAUGGACAUGGACCUUGUGCCCAUUGUUAUCGUUGGAGAUAUUCUGGCCCCUGCUGAAAACAAUCCAGUUCCACCAGCCUAUUCUGAUAUAGUGCUUUCCCCAAGUGUUGAGGGCUAUUAAAGAGACAGGUUAUGGGAGGUGCUUCACCAGAAAUUCAGCUGAAACAAAAUUCCAGAAAUAAAAUAAUAUUGAUUCUGCUCAAUACCUGCAAUUAUGUCUAUAACUGCCUUCCAAAUCUAGCAGGGAUACACCAAGGCUGGAAAAUGGUGUGUGGGGGGGUAUCCAUUUAAACUCAAACCCAGAUUCCUCCAGAUACCAGAACAUUCUCUAAUGGUUCCAUUUUGGGUUCCUCUACUGUAGCUUCUUUCUCAUUCCCUGACUUCUCAGGUUCUCCGGAUGCUGUGGCCUUUCAUAGUCCCUAAUUUGCUGCUGAUUCUACAGUAUAUUCAAGGCCACAGUGGAAAAUGUAGUUCCACAUCUACCACCCCUAGACUUUGCUGCACUUGCUCAGAAAGGAUCUAAUGAAUGCUCUGCUACCUACGUAACUCUCCCCACCAUGUAGCAGCAUCAAGGGAUGCAAUGAAAGCUUGAAAGUGUAGUUCCCAUCUUCCCUAGUUUCCCUGUACAGUAUGCUGCU